AUGAAGUUUUUGAUAUCAUUAAAGCUGCUUAUCCAAGCAAAUCUUUUAAAAAGAAAUCCAUUACUUUAUUUGAUAUUGAAGAUAUUUUUGAUGGUUAUUAAAGUAAUCUUAUAUAAGGAUUUCUAUUUUCCAAUCCCAAUUGAUUACAUAUAAGAAGUUGCCUAACAUAUUUUGAAGUCAAUAAUUUUUCCUUAGAAAAUAAUACAUAAUUAACGGAACCAUUUAAAUGGAUCACUUAGCUGUAUUCACUCUUCUUAGUUGGUAUUCAAGACAUGA